GACAUGUUUUCAUGAGACUUACGCCCCUACUCAUCGAAACGACCAUACAACGUUUGUUUUACACUUCAUAUAUACUUGUGUUUUUCAGUAACAGCUGUGUGCUUUAAAAAGCUUUACAUUUUGUUUUUAUUAUAUACAGUGAAGAACUAAUUCAGAUGUGUUUAAGUUUGCAUUCAUUUUAUUCCAGUUUAGUUAUUUUGUCAAGUAAGCUGAUGAUACAGUUUGCAUUUUCAAACGUUUUAUAUCAUGUUUUUAUGUACUGCUACAGUGUUCUUGUUUUGUAAACUGUAAAAUACCAUUGAUGUAUGCUCUUGCUUCUGGUGCAUUUAAUUAGUUUGCAGUUUAGUAUUUAUCAAAAGCUAAUAACUUCUUCAUUUUUCAGGAAUUUUAAAUAUCAAAGCACUACAAAUCAACCAAUGAUUUAUCAAUAAUUAUAUCUAACAUCUUGAUCUUGAGGUGAAUAUUGAAGUAAAGGUUUUCACUUAGUUGCGAGUGUUGUGAGGCUUCAUGAUCCUUUUUUAAGUCAACUCUGGCCACUAAACCGCUCUGAUGGUCCAGCAAAGUGCCGUUGCAUUCAUCCGACAAUGUUCCAUUCAGGGAAUGUGCAGUGGGGUCCAAAAGUCUUGUUAGUGAAAAUGCUCCUAUUUUUGCAUUUUCUACUUUGCUUACAUUUUAUUUGUGAACUAGAAAUAGUGCAUAAUCUUAAAUAUUUCUUUUUUGUUACGUCAUAACGUUUCUUUGUUUGAAAUUUUUCAAAAUCCUUAAACAUUCUGUGUACUUCCAGUUGUGAAAUUGAUUUUAAACACCAGAUUUUCAAUUAAGACUUUUAGAGCCCACAUAUUAGUGUUUUCUGAUACCAGAGAUAAUUUUACCUUCAGUUGGAUGAUUAAACAUUCAAACUGGGUUAUUGUGGGGCCAACAUGUGGAUUUUCUUGAUUUUAUUAGCCCAGUUGAAAUCCAGUUCAGUGUGUAUAUAUAUAUAUAUACACACACACAAAUUAAUAUCUUUGUUUUUUUCCUACACAGGUCUAAUUUUUUUUUUAAUGCAUGUUUGAUUUGUUUGAUAUUCAUAGCCUUGGUGGUUUAUAGACCCACGUUACUUUCACUCAUUUAUGAUGACUUUGUAGCUUGCUAAAUUUUAGGAUUGUGCAGAAAUGUUUGAUGGUGAAUUUUAAAGUGACAGUUCACCCAAAAAUGAAAAUUCUGUCAUAAUUUAAAAUCAAGUAAAAAUCGAGUAAAUAAUGACAGAAUUUUCAUUUUUGCUUGAACUAUCCCUUCAAAAUAGACAAAAGAGUAGCUCUUGGGCAAACUGAGCUCAUGAAGUCCUUUAUAAGGACAGAAUGGUUAAGUGCCGGGGCAGAAAGAGCCGAUUCGAGCUGUACUCCACCCCGGGUGACCUUUUUCCUCCGGGAACACAUAGGAUCUGUGCCAAAACCUAGUGAACCGCCUUGCUCCCUACAUUGACAGUUGUCUUCUAAGGCAGUGUCUUAGCUGAAAUGGAACAUCAUAACUGAUAUGAAAGUCUCUACAUGGGUAGCAGCUCUGCAUCGUUCAAAUAACGUGAAUAGAGACUAGACUCGCAAUUGAUUCCCAUAGAGUUUGUCAUUAGCUUGUUGCUAAGCUAACAACUGGUUACCUGAAUAAGUAUUCAAAUACAGUAUGUAACACACAAAUAUUGGAUGAAAUAGUACAUGUUUAAUUAGAUUAUCUAAGGAGGUUUAAUAUACUGCCUAUGUAGGCAGCUCUUUUAUUUAAACAGCCAUUGUGUGACAUUAAAGAGAAUACGUCAGAGAAAGAGUCCACACAGUGGUACUGUUGUUUAUUUUUAUGACCAUUAAUGAGAGAUCUGACGGUCUUGAGACACAUCUGCAGUGAGCGAUGACCUGUAUCAUGCAUAAAAGAUCAAAAGACUUCAUUUUGAGUAUACAUGAAAUGUGACAUUGUUGAGAAAAGUGUAUUCUCUUUGUUUUCUAAUGAGUUGUUAUGGGGUGGGACAGUAAUCUGUAGCGGUGUAUGGCGGAGUUUUGUAGUGCAUUACACUUCAGCAUGGUGAGGGGUUUGUAAGAUUUCUGGCUCUGAAUGUUGGUCACAUGCUGGUAAUCAAACAGUAACAUGGUAGCAGCGUACUGUAUGUGAUAUGUGUGGAGAUAAGUUGUAAUCACUAAGAAAUUGUCAGUGAAAUCAAAGAAUAAAAUGGUUUUAUUAG